AUGGAAACUAACAGUCACCAGUUCCAUGCCCAUUCUCAUCAGGAAACCUUAAACUCAGUCUCUCGCAAUACUCUGGGUUUAAAUUACCAGCCUCUCUCUAAGAGCUCCUCCAGUCUGGCAAGCAUUGGUCGAAUGGGCUCUCGGGAAGAACAGAACAGCAAAUAUGAACUCCGGAAAAGCCUCAGUAGUUCUGCCUGUAAAGCCCAGGCAAGGGAGAGUGAUGUUGGAAGCACCCCUAGUUUUGGAUCGUCUUCAACUCAUUCAGAAAUUGCCUCUACAAUCCGAACUGUGAGCAGCUUGUCACCAACACAGAGUACUUCCAAAAGCACUAACCACUUCCUGUACAUGGACCAGUCCCCGGCAGAAGGGACGGGCGCUAGAACGCCUGUCAAGAGCAGCACCACUGAGAAUGUGUCUUCAGCCUUUGGGGCUGAUCUGAAACAUGGGAGCACAAGAGAAGAACUGGAAGCCGCAGUUCAGAGAAGCCUUUCUGACCUGACAUGUAGCUGUAAGCAACACAGUUCUGCUUCUCAUUUGGAGACAAGUGCCACAUACUCUCCUAUGAGUUCCAACAGUGGUUAUGGCACUUCUACAGGCAAUAUAAUUUUUCCAAGAAUGAGAUAUGGAUCAGACUCCUGUGAAAAUGACCUGGAUUUUCCAAGCCAUGUGAGUCAAAUCCCAAGUUCGCCUAGAGACCCAAAUGUGCCCACUAAUGUUUUUAAUGAUGGUACUUUAGCACACAAUGUUACCGUUUUUACAGAUCCUGGGGUAUAUCAGCCAGCUGUUCUUGCAUCCCAUAUGCCUGGGAAUAAUUUCUCACAUAGGGCUAUGUAUGCUCAAGGUGGAAUUGUGUACAGUAACAUGUCACAUGCCAUGUAUCCAUCUGGCAUGAUGGCUGUUCAUAACAAUACUGCCUUCCCUUACAACAUGAGGCACCAGUCUCCUAUGAAGGCAGAAGGCACCAUUCCAGCUUACUGCCAUUCCUUUCCAAUACCUUCUGUCCAGUUCAUCCCAAGGUUGGUGUGCUCAGUUAGUGAAUCAGGGAAAGUACAAGUCCAUCCUGAGUAUUGUCCAUCUUUGCCUUCUACAGAAACAGUAACCCUUCCAAAGCUGGUGUCUUCUGUGAGUGAGUCAGGUCUGGAUGCAAAACACAUAAUGAGAUGCUGCAAUGUACGUGGUGGACACAUGUUGCAUGCUCACCCAUAUGUACAAACAAGAAGGGCUGAAGAUGAAAUGAAGACCACAUACCCAGUCCUGAAUAGGCACCAAGAUGGCAUUCAUACUGUCAUGAAGACUAAGGACACAUGGACUAUGACCUCCAUGAAUGACAUCACUCAGGGACUGCCGCCUCUGUUUGAGUGCAAAGACGCAGAGGUACAAACCCUUCCAACAAAAGAGUAUAAGUCUGCAGCCACAAGCCCUUUUGUUGUGGCAGAAGGCCACCCUCAUGUCUUUCCAGAGGUUAAUCUGGAACCAGAAGCAGAAGGUGAAAAGUCUCCAAUACGGGAGGUGAGGUGGGAUGAUGAAGGCAUGACAUGGGAAGUCUAUGGUGCCGCUGUUGAUCCUGAGGUUCUUGGGAUGGCCAUUCAGAAGCAUCUUGAGAUCCAGAUAGAACAGUUCCAGGCGGAACCAGGAGAGACCUCCAGAAAAAGUCCAGAUGAACUGUCAGCUAAACAGGGAAGGAAAACAUAUUUUAGAACAAUGAUGCACUGUCUACAUCCAAGCUGUUGUGCCCGUUCUAGCACAGCAAUGGAAUAAACUGUCCCAGGAGACGCCAGGGCC